AUGAGUGGAACGAUGGUGUAUAAGUAUUUACCCUGUGCUUCCAUUGAGGAAGUACAAAAUGACGAAAUUUUACUCAAAGAAAAUCAUAACCGAUGGGUUAUGUUUCCUAUUGAGCAUGACACUUUCUGGAUAAUGUAUAAGGAGGUGGAGAAUAAUUUCUGGGCUGCUGAGGAUUUUAUAUUUUCUGAUGAUCUCAACUCACUCUUCAAAUUACCAAAACCCCUUUUCAACUCUCUUUUCCACCUCUUAUCCUUUCAUAUCAAUCUUGAUAACAAGUGGGUAUGUCGUCCAGUGGAUAUGACGUUGGAGUUACUGAGUGAGGUACAAAUAGCAGAGGCCAGGGCGUUUUACGGAUUUCAACUCACUGAUGAAAAUAUCCACACCGAAACCAUCGGUACCAUGUUCCAACUUCUCAAUCAACCACUUGAUAACACAAUUGGACAGGAUAAGAUAACGUGGCUCUAUAACGAGUGUGAGAAGAACAAAUGUUUCUUUAAACGUGUGUUACUCGUUGUUAUAUCUAAGUUAUUGUUCACGGCCACAUUUAAUAUUCUCCGUGACUACUUGGUGAAGGAGAAGUUAUUGCCUACGUUUACUUUGGCGUUGGAUGCUGUGAGUAAGGACAGGCAUAUCCACACCAGAUUUGCACACUGCACAUUCACACUACUGCAACAUAAAAUGCUCGAAUCGGACGUCGUACAACUAAUUAAAGAAGCGCUAAAAUUGGAAUACGAUUUCGCCAACAAAUUUCUACCACUCUCUCUCAUGGCCAUUACACAAAAUGUUCUCCGGGGUUACAUGGAGUGGGUGGGUAAUAAUGUGUUGAUGGUGUGUGGGUAUAGAACGUUGUACAGUUCAGACUUUGACGUGGAGUGGCUAAAUCAUCCCACGGUCGAUCUUAACAUCAGACAAGUAAUCAAAAAACAAAAAACCGAACACACCACCGAAAUCAAAUUCGACGAAGAUUUCUAA